GCGGGGCGGGGGCGAGGGGUGCCGGGUUGUUUCCGCCCUGCAGCCCGCAGCCCGCCGCGCCACGGGCCGCGUCCCUCGGCUGUGGGAGGGGGCGGCCUCCACUCGGUUCCUUGCCCCGUCAGCCUCCCGCUCGGGGCUCGCCGCCUUUCGUCUGGGUCUCCGCCCCCAAGACCCGCGGCCGCAAGCCCCGGAGUGCGGCUUCCCCGGCCGGCUGCGCGAUGGGCUGCGGGAACUCCACCGCCACAAGCGCGGGCGCGGGCAGAGGCCCUGCAGGAGCAGCCAAAGAUGUAACAGAAGAAUCCAUAACAGAAGAUGACAAGAGGAGAAACUAUGGAGGAGUAUAUGUUGGCCUACCAUCUGAAGCUGUCAAUAUGGUGUCCAGUCAAACAAAGACAGUUCGGAAAAAUUAGAAGAAAAUAACAUCAUGACUCAAGAAUCAAGAGCAUGCUCAUCAAUUUGGAAGGAAUUUGGCUCCGUGGGACAUUGUAAUGUGCAUAGACAUUUCCAAGGAAAUUCUAAACAGUCACCCUUCCCUCUUGCAUUCCCUCAAAUCUUAAGUGUAUACAUAAAACCCUGGGUACAUAUUGUUGUGGUAGUAGAAGGGAAUUGGUUAAACAGUACACUUUAUGGAACUUUCUGUGGCCACCUACGAAAGACAAGUUCACAAACUGUCAUGGAGGCUGCUGUUGCCUAGCCAGGGCUGCUGCGUUCUGGCGUUUCCACCGUGGCCACUCAACACAUUUCAUGGAGCUCAUGUCUUUUCACUGAUGCUUUUUGAUAGUUUUUAUAUAACAAAAUCCUUAUUCUAUUUAUAACUUAAGACGAUAAGGCACUAUAAAUGAAUGACCUAAAAUAAUAUAUUAGUCUGUUAUCUUUUGCUAUUUCUACUUCACUUUAAUUUUUAGCUGUGAAAUUGGUAAAUGGAUUCUUACAACUAUCUCUUUCUGUUUUUUACUAUUUGGUCUUCAAAUUUCAUUUAAAUGUCAGAAUUUCCUUUUUAGGAACAAUGUGUAUUUCAUUGCAAUAUUUAAAAAUAAACUCAAAUUUGCAUGCCACAUGCA